AGUCUUAAAUUGAGCAGCAGAGUGGUUGAAGUAUCAGUCCAGAGGGUCGAGUUUGCUGCGGACGGUCGACUAAAACCUCCUCCAGAUGACUCUGACUCAAGAGCGACCGAUGACUUAUGCCAAAAUGAAGGGCCUUGUGACUUUUAUAUCAGAUGUGCUAAAAGAGAAAAAAGUUGGCUUCAAUGAAUUCUUACACAAACUCGUUUCCACCCAGAAACCCUGCCAACAGCUGGACACCCAGAAGCUGCUGCAGAGACGGAGCAAGCUGAGGAGACAGAAGGAGCAGGAAGCUUCCUCGAGCCCAGUGAACACAGCAGCCUCUCAGGUGAAACCAUCAGACUUCGACUACCUCAAAGUUAUUGGCACAGGAAGCUUUGGAAAGGUGUUGCUGGCCAGACACAGACAACAAGGAGGUUACUACGCAGUUAAGGUUCUGGACAAGCAGAUGAUCAUCAGGAGGAAAGAGCAGAGCCACGUGAUGGUUGAAAGGAGCGUACUGCUGAAGGGACUAAAGCAUCCAUUCCUGGUGGGGCUCCACUUCUCCUUCCAGACACCAAAGACGCUCUACUUUGUCCUGGACUUUGUAAACGGAGGAGAGCUGUUUUACCACCUGCAGAGAGAGGGUUCAUUUCCAGAACCCCGAGCUGCUUUCUAUGCUGCAGAGAUAGCUGCUGCGCUCGGCUACCUUCACUCUCUGAGCGUCGUUUACAGAGAUCUAAAACCAGAAAACAUCCUGCUGGACAGCAAGGGUCACGUGAUGCUAACAGACUUCGGGCUUUGCAAGGAAGGCGUGGCUGUUGGUGGGACCACACACACCUUCUGUGGGACCCCAGAGUACCUGGCUCCAGAGGUUCUCCUGGGCCAGCCUUACAGCCAAGCUGUGGACUGGUGGGGACUUGGAGCUGUGCUGUUUGAGAUGCUCUCUGGACUGCCUCCGUUUUACAGCCGCAGCAGACUAGAGAUGCUAGAAAACAUCCUCUACUCUCCUCUGCGGCUGCCCAGCGGCCUCUCUAAAGGUGCCCGCUCACUGCUGAAGGGCUUGUUGGAAAGAAACAUCUCCAAACGCUUAGGCCAGAGGCGUGACGUCGAGGAGCUGAAGGAGCAUCGCUUCUUCGCCUCCAUCAACUGGGACGACCUCGUAGCCAGAAAAGUUACGCCUCCGUUCGUCCCUAAAGUGACCAGUCCUUGUGACGUAUGCUACAUCGCUCCUGAGUUCACGCUGCAGCCGGUCCCUGCCUCCGUGAACGAGAGGGUGGAAGCAGCCGCAGCCAGCGCAGCGUUCCCUGGCUUCUCCUUCAUGAACCCCGCGGAGUACGGGGCAGCAGAGGCAGUGUCAUAACGCCACCAAGUCCUCCGGGAGUGUGAUUGUUGAAAAUUAUUUAUUUUUAAGUUGUAUAAUAAUAACAUGUCUAUUUUUUUGUACCUGAAAAGAAUAAACUAACCCUGACAUGGCAGGGUUACAGCAUGCUGCGCUUGAAUAAAUGGUGAUAUGUCUUAAAAUUUGA